AAAAACAGCAUAUCUCUCUAUGACUGAAGGAGGCAGAGAGGGAGGAAAGAUGAAGGGUGUUUGGGGAGGGGCUUCAUUUAGCCUUUAUUUAUGAAGUACUGUUCAUUGUUGUCCUCCAGUAUCCUUCUGUCUGUGAUUUGACUCUGCUUGUUGAAGCUCUUCACCAUCACGGCACUCUACAAAGAUCAUCCACAUACUUCAAUAAUCAAGUUCAAGAAAAGAUUCCAGGUGACAAUGAAGUUUGACAACAUUCUGGAUGAAGCACAUGGGUUUGGCCAUUACCAGAUUGCGCUGGUCUUGCUGCUGUUCAUACCUCGCAUCACUAUCCCAUGUCACUUCCUCCUAAACAAUUUUAUCGCCGCCAUCCCGUCUCACCACUGUGAUAUCAGCUCUCUGGAUGCUGACGGGAUCCUUGGGAAUCUGAGUCGAGAAGAGAGACUGACUGUCAGUGUUCCUGCACAGGAAGACGGGACUCCUGCUUCCUGUCACAUGUUCUCCUAUCCUCAGUUCCACCUGCUGAUGAACUCCUCCAGCCCCUCAGAGGUUGCUGUAGUCCAGUGUCAGAAUGGAUGGGAGUAUGACAACAGCACAUUCAUCAGCACACUCGCCACACAGUUUGAUUUAGUUUGUGACAAGAGGGGACUGGCUAAAGCAUCAGCCACCAUAUUUUUUUUGGGCGUCAUGGCUGGAGCCGUGUUCUUUGGAGUGCUCUGUGACAAGUAUGGCCGUAGGAGCAUGCUGCUGGUGUCCUAUGUGUUAUCUAUCAUGUUUAGUGUUGCUAGUGCUUUCUCAAGCAACUACAUCAUGUUUGCUGCCUUCCGCUUUCUGACUGGAUUGGCACUGACAGGAAUCACAAACAUAUCAGUUGUGCUCAGUGUUGAGUGGGUGGACACUAAGCACCGUACAUUUAUGGGCGUGUUCGGCAGUAUUUCCUGGAGUUUAGGCAACAUGCUGCUGGCUGGUUUUGCCUAUCUGGUCACUGAUUGGAGGAUGCUGAUUAUUGCUGUCACUUCUCCUCUUCUUCUUGCUACAGCAACCUGGUGGUUGAUCCCUGAAUCAGCGAGAUGGCUAAUAGCCAAUGGAAAGGCAGAAACAGCAUACAAGUAUCUGCAAAAGUGUGCUACUUUUAACGAGAGACAAGAAUUCACAUCAAGAGUCAAGCCAGAGUCUCUGUCCACUGUAGCAACUAUGGAUCAUCAGGAUCACAGUUACACUUACUUAGACCUAGUCAAAACGCCACAGCUGAGGAGACUCACACUCUUUACCGGAAUAGUGUGGUAUGGAGUUGCUUCUACAUACUAUGGCAUCAGCUUAAACAUCACCGGCUUUGGGCUUAAUCUUUACCUGACGCACUUCAUUUACGCAGCCAUAGAGGUGCCGGCGAAAAUCCUCAUCUACUUUACUCUCGACAAGGUCGGCCGUAGAGUCACUCAGAGCGGGACACUGGUGCUCACUGGAUUUUGCAUACUCAUCAACAUCAUCACACCUACAGAAUACUGGACUUUUCGGACUGUGAUUGCAGUGUUGGGUAAAGGACUUUCAGAAGCUUCGUUCACAACUGUGUUCCUGUACACCACUGAGCUCUAUCCUACAGUCAUGAGGCAGAAUGGGCUUGGCUAUACCAGUUUUAUGGCACGUUUGGGUGCAUCCAUUUGUCCUCUCAUCAUGCUCUUAGAAGACAUGUGGACACUCUUCCCAGAGGUCAUUUUCUGCACAAUGGCCAUCUUUUCUGGUCUCAUCGCUUGGCUUCUACCUGAAACCAACAACGCAAGAUUGCCAGAAACCAUAGAAGAUAUUGAAGAGACAAGAAAGAAACCUGUCUAUUUCACAACAGAGGACCAGAGUAACGUUCUUUUAAAGUUGCCCAUCUCUACAGACACAAUGCAAUGAUAUGCAAAUCACUUCAAAAGCACAAAUAGCCAAGCUGCCAUAGUAACAAAGUCUCAUAAGCUGCACUUGAAAUCAUAUCCCACCUUUUGUAUAUAACCAAUUAAAUGUGAGUCAUGGUAUACUGUUUUACUUGCUUUCUUACCUCUAGGAAUCGAAAAAUCUAGAUUCAGUCAUUUUGUCCAUGCAUUACCUAAAUUUAUAUAGAUAUUUAGAUAAUCUCUUUCUUUUUAAAGAGGUCCUAUUAUGCUUUUUUAAAACGUACACAUCACAAUAUUACUCAUUUAAAUAAUUCCCACCGAAGGCAUAUGCAUAAAAAGGGGGCGAGGCCUGCUUGAGUUGUUUUAUUAGUGUGUUGAAACUAGUGGUUAUGGUAAGGGGUGUAACAUUUCCAAAACACUCUUGAAGCAGUUGACCAAUCACAACACAAUGGUCCAGCCGACCAAUCCAAGUGCAUUGUGCUUUCCAGAACGAGGGGCUUCAUAGAGACCGGAAUUAAACAGAGAGUUACUGACAGACUGGGAUGCGAGGUGCUGCAACAAUGUAAAAUAUGUGAAGAAUAAUGUUUUUUUUUUUUUUUUGAACAUUCAAGAAUGAAAACCUAUUCUAGUAGACCCCCAAAACAAAAUCAAGACUUUGUAAAAGGGCAUAAUAUAGCCUCUUUAAGUCCGUUUCCCAGCAAACAGCACCAUGGACAGCACCCCCAGCAUUAGAAUCUGGACUCUGUGUGAAAGACAGCACCCUGGACAGCUCCACAUUUACCUGAAGUCUGACUUCUGUUAAUGAGCUGUGGAAGUGGCAACACUCUCCUGUAAUUGACAACUGACACCAAAAACCAAUACAUCACACAUAUUCUCUUCAAAAAAAAAAAAAAAAAAAAAAAGGAAAAAAGAAAAUAAAUAAAUAGUUAGUGUGUACAGCAAAUAUAUGAUUAUAGAAUGAGUAACUCUGGAUGUGUCUCAAUUUGUCUCUCUAUAUAUCUAAUCAGAGACAUUCAAAUUUUUAUAAUUAGAAAAAGCAUACUGUGUAUCAUUCAGUCUUCUACAUAAAAAGGUGUCACAUGUGUCAUUAAAAAAAUGUGUUGUAAACAUUUUUUCUCAUUAUCUAAACUUUAUAACAAGUGAUAGAGAAUUAUAGAGAAAAGACCUGAAUGCAAGCAGGCAGGCUAUUUGUGUAACAAUUUCGCUGGCCAAACAUGCAUCCCACUGCAUGCAGUUAUAGCUAUAAUUAGAUUGUUUAAUUAGAUUAUAUUUAAUUCCAGUGUUCCUGGCAGGGAGUGAGAACAGACUUGUGUUUCACACCUACAGCUU